AGAUAUUUCAACCGCAGAAGAAGAACCUCCCCCCGGCGCGGAAGCUAAAGCAGAGACGGCUAAAGCUAAAGCUAAAGCUCGGCUAAAUCAGCUGGAGGAACAGUGGAGUCUGGAGCGAGUUACAUGGCGGUGCAGGUGUGGUGCCUGUCGUUCCGGCAGCCGUACGCCGGUCUGGUGCUGGACGGUGUGAAGACGGUGGAGAGCCGCUGGCGGCCGCUGCUCGCCGCGCUGGAGAGCCAGACGCUGGCGGUGCACAUCGCCCGGCGGGACUGGGACGGAGACGAGUGGCAGGCGGUGCUGAGCGGCCCGCUGGGGCUAACCCCCCCUCAGAUACAAGCGCUCCUCCAGUCCGGGGAGAGGUUCGGCCGGGGCGUGGUGGCUGGAUUGGUGGACGUGGGCGGGACCUGGCAGUGCCCCCCCUCCCUGCAGGGGGCGGAGCUUCAGGAGCUGGAGCGCUCGGCUGCUCUGAUUGGUCUGCAGGAGAAACACCUGACCCGGCUGUCCAACCCGCGCUGGCUGAAGGCGCCGCUGAGCGCCCGGGGGGGCCGCGACCUCUGGACCGUGGAGAUCCCCGCAGAGCUGUUACCAUGACGACGCAUAUGCCACAGACUCUCAGGGCCGUUACCAUGACGACGGACAGACAGACUCUGAGAUGGACAUCUCUGGUCUGCUGCCGAGGUUUUGGGCCUUUUUUCUACAUUUCUUUUCUGUAAAGUCUGAAGUCAGAGAUUUCUGUCCAGACCAAGUCCCGAUGGUCCCAGACCCCCAGACCAAGCCCCCAUGGUCCCAGACCAAGUCCCCAUGGUCCCAGACCCCCAGACCAAGCCCCCAUGGUCCCAGACCAAGUCCCCAUGGUCCCAGAUCUGUUCCUGUCCAGACCAAGUCCCCAUGGUCCCAGACCCCCAGA